AUGGCUAUUGUUUUUCAUGAGAACGAAAUUAGCCUAGAAUAUAUAGGUACAGCAGUAACAGUACCAAAUAAUGACGUCGCACGUUUAAUGUAUUAUUUAAAUUGUGUGUGUGUGGUAAUUGAUUGCAGUCGUGAUCCAGAGAUUCAACGAUUCACAAACUACCAAAAAUGGUAUUAUUUAUCUCGUGAUGAACAAAAACAACUUCUACUUGUAUGCUAUACAUUUAGUCCUGAUGUAUUCAAUAAUCGAAUUUUCUUUCAUAGUGAUGAAUUAUGUAAUGAAAAUUCCAAUGAAUUUUAUACAAUAAAUCAAGUUCGUCAACAACUAUUAGCAGCUGAUUCAAUUGUUAUAGCUGGGAAAAUACGCGAAGUUCACAAAAUUAUGACCUAUACAAUGCAAUGGAUGAGAAAAUUUUAUAUUAAACCAAUAGCGAGACUGGCACAAGAACUUAAUACUUCACGUCCCUCAAUUUCGAGUACAUAUACAUCAACUUAUACUCCAAAUGUCAUACAACAACCCACAAAAGAUAUCAGUAGCAAGAUGUAUAGUGCUUGUUGUUGUAUAUGUACAGUGGUAUAUUGUAUAUUGUGUGUAACUCCACCAAUCGUUUUUGUUUUAAUUAUUGUUAUUAGUAAAUAA